ACCAUCCCUUGUCAAAGUUGUCACCUUUAAGCAACACCUUUCCUUCAAUUUUCUCCUUUGGGGACAGAAAGACACUGACAAGCCUUAUAGUAGCAAAUGACAUUCCCGCGCAAGAGAAAGGAGAAUACCACUAAAAUGGCUUCUCCUUCAACGGAAUCUCCAGAACCCAAAAGCAACAAUUCUUCAAAAUCUUGCUUUCACCCAACAGUGUGUUUGAAAGAUUGGUGGCUUGUUAGGGCUCAAGGUGAUUCUCAAGGAAGGACUCUUGCUGUUGCUGGCCUCACUUCUAGAGAAGGUCAAGCGCUGCGAGUAUUCUCCUCUGCACCAAUUCUCAAGGUAUAUGAUGUAUUUAAUCUUGAAACCAUUGAUGGGAUAUGUGUUGUCCUCAACGGCUUCAUAAACAAAAGUCGCUCCGAGGAAAAUGGUUUUCCGUCUGAGGUGUUUGAACAGUUUCUUUUUGGUUUUCCUCCUCAAUGGGAGGCAUUUAAUGAGAAUUGCUUAGGAAGAGAAUCUCAAUAUAGGGCUGCAGCAAGUGGUCCCCUUGGAUCUGAAAAUCCAUCUGUGUGCUCAGAAAAGGUUAAAGAUCUAAAGAAGUUAAACCAAAAGGAUCAUGUAGAGGCUAUCGGUGAAACAAUACAGGAUCGUAAUGGGAGAGAAGAUUAUGAAGUAGAAGACAAUUUGAUGAGGGACAAUCAGAAUGAUGGAGAAGUUGCAAGUGAAGUUAUUUUACAACAGAUCACAAAAAGAUCAACAAGGUCAUUGGACAAGCUUAAUUCUACAAAUCAGAAUGACAGAGAUGUUGCAAGUGAAGUUCUUUUACAAAAGAUCACAAAAAGAUCAACGAGGUCAUCGGACAAGCUUAAUUCUAUAAACACUUCUACAAGCUUUGCAAAGGAGCAAAUUGCAGAUGUUGAGAAAGCAACGCACUUUAAAAGUGCAAAUGUAGAGGCUACCCGUGAUAUAAUACAGGAUCCUAAUGGGAGUAAAGACUAUGAAGUAGAAGAUAAUUUGAUGAGGGACAAUCAGAAUGAUGGAGAUGUUGCAAAUGAAGUUAUUGUACAAAAGAAGACAAAAAGAGCAACGAGGUCAUCAGACAAGCUUAAUUCUGCAAUCACUUCUACAAGCAUAGCAAAGGAGCAAACUGCAAAUGUUAAGAGAGCAACUCACUUUAAAAGAGCAAAUGUAGAGGCUACUGGUGAAAUAAUGCAGGAUCAUAAUGGGAGUAAAGACUUUGAAGUAGAAGACAACAUGACGAGGGACAGUCAGAAUUAUGGAGAACUUGCAAGUGAAGUUAUUGUACAAAAGAAGACAAAAAGAGCAACAAGGUCAUCAGAAAAACUUGAUUCUACAAGCACUUCUACAAGCAUUGCAAAGGAGCAAAGUGCAGAUUUUAAGAGAGCAGCUCAUUUUAAAAGUACAGAUGUAGAGGCAACCAGUGAAAUAAUACAGGCUCAUAAUGGGAGUAAAUACUAUGAAGUAGAAGACAAUUUGAUGAGGGACAAUCAGAAUGAUAGAGAAGUUGCAAGUGAAGUUAUAGACAAGAAGACAAAAAGAGCAACAAGGUCCUCGGAUAAGCUUAAUUCUUCAAACACUUCUACAAGCAUUGCAAAGGCGCAAAGUGCAGAUGUUACGAGAGGAGCUCACUUCAAAAGUGCAAAUGUAGAGGCUACCGGUGAAAUAAUACAGGAUCCUAAUGGGAGUAAAUACUAUGAAGUAGAAGACAAUUUGAUGAGUGACAAUGAGAAUGAUGGAGAAGUUGCAAAAGAAGUUACUGUACAAAAGAAGACAAAAAGAGCAAUGAGGUCCUCGGACAAGCUUAAUUCUACAAACACUUCUACAAGCAUUGCAAAGGCACAAGCUGCAGAUAUUAGAAGAGCAACUCACUUUGAAAGUGCAAUUGCAGAGGAUCCUAAUGGGAGUAAAGACUAUGAAGUUGAGGACAAUUUGAUGAGGAACAAGCGGAAUGAUGGAGAUGUUGCAAGUGAAGUUAUUGUACGAAAGAAGACAAAAAGAGUGACGAGGUCAUUGGACAAGCUUAAUUCUACUAACACUUAUACAAGCAUUGCAAAGGAGCAAACUCCAGAUGUUAAGAGAGCAACUCACUCUAAAAGUGCAAGCACAUCUGUCAAAAACGCAAAGAGGAAAUUGACAUAUGGAAGUCCUCAACAAGGGAAAGAGGCAGUUCCACUUAUCUCUCCUGAAUCCUUGGGUUUUAAGAGAUCUAAAUCAGGGAGAAUGCUACUUCCUCCGAUGGCAUUUUGGCGCAAUCAAAGAGCAGUUUAUGAUGCGGAUCAGAGGGUUACAGCUGUUAAACAAGGCGACCCGAAUCUGGAUGAUCUAUUUAGAGUGAGUAGAUCCGAACCAUCAAGAAAGAGACGCUAACACAGAUGAGAGUUCAAGCUCGUAUUGUCUAGUGGAAAUGUAAGGAAUUUAAUGGGGAGGCAUAAGAAGCAGUGGUAUUUUUGUACAAAAAUGUGUAAAGGGUCUACUAAUGCCAUUUUGGAUUCAUAUUUACUAGACAGAUACCUCUUUUGGUUCUUAGAACAACUGCAAGCUGUUAUGCUAAACUGAUCAGUAAAAGCGUUAUUUCUUUUUUCUAUAUUCUAUAUUAGCUUAAUUGUUCAAUGGCUUUGUUCAAUGGAUACCUCUUUUGGUUCUUAGAACAACAGCAAGCUGUUAUGUUAAACUGAUUAGUAAAAGAGAUGUUUCUUUUUUCUA